CGACAGGCUUUCACCAAGGAUUGAGCGCCCUUCGCCAGUACCAUGUCCGUCGAUGCUAGUAACAAGGACGUCUCAUUCGCAGCAGGCAUAGCCGCAGUAGGAGUUGAGCUACUCAUUCACCCACUCGACACGCUCAUUACUAGAAUACAAUCACCAGCCUACACAUCAGCAUAUCAGCGUGUAAAUGGCAGUGUCAAACCAGCUCUCUACCGAGGGUUAUAUCAAGGCUUCGGCCCAACGAUUAUCACCAGUAUCCCCGCAUCAGUCGCCUUCUUCACAAUCUACGAAACCAUGAAAUCAACGCUUCAACCCAACGAAGGCAUUCAACCGUCAAAAACCCGCGAGCUAGCCACGUAUGCACUUAGCAGCGCAGUAGCAGAUCUGGUCGCAUGCGCAAUCACUAAUCCCGCCGAGGUGCUGAAGCAGAAUGCUCAAGUCGUGCAUGCUCAAUCCGAGCAUAGUCGUUCGCCACUGUUAUCGACCGUCAGGCGCUUCUCCAGACAUCCGACUAAGCUCUGGACGGGGUAUACCAUGCUAGCUGCUAGCCAUCUCCCCGGGACGAGUCUGACGUUCUUGUUGUAUGAGUAUCUCAAGACCUCGUGCGGUGCGCUAGCUAGCGCGGUGGUUUCGAUGCUAUUUGUGCCUGUUGAUGUGGUUAAGACGCGCAUGAGGCUUGCAGCGGGUACGCCUACCUAUGCUCGACUGCCCUUGAAGGCCGAUAUUCGGCCUAUACCUCCGUCAGUAAAGGCAGAGAGGGUAUCGUCUGCUAAUGCUGUGGCUGUCGCGAAGGGGAUAUUGGUAAAGGACGGGAUACGAGGUCUUUUUAGAGGCGGGGCCUUGACGUGUCUCGCGGCUGGGUUGGGAGGUGGUUUGUUCCUGGGGAGUUACGACGGUCUCAAGGUGUACUUUGGAGGUCAGGUGUAG